AGCACACUGUGAAGAGUGGAGGGAGAGAGAGGGAUUGAAUUUUCAUUACCAAUCACUUAGUGCCCAAUGCAUGCCUAACUAAACAUCUGAGCUUUACAGAUGUCUUGUACUCUCAUUAUUUCUGCAUUGAUUUCUUGAAUUCAGCUGUGUUCAUGCGUACUCUCCAUGGACCGUUCAACAUGGCUCUUUCAAAACGGACAGGGGCUCAGUAGGCAUGGAGCCUCUCAGCCUGCAGGUGCUGGUGGUUGUAACAGGUAGCUUUCUUGGGUUCCAGUGGAUGUUCCACAGAGGUAGCCCUGGGGUAUCUCAGCUCUUCUGCAAAGGCUUCCUCAAGCUCAACCUCACUCAAAGGACAGAAUGGAACUCCAGGGCUGUCUCCACAGUCCACGCCAUGGUUGUGGGACUGUUCUGUCUCUACACAUACAUAUUUGAUGAACCUAUCCAGAAAGACCCGGUCUGGGGAGAUGCCACACUGGUCAAAUUAAAUGUGGCCGUUACGACAGGUUACCUCCUCUCAGAUCUUCUGCUCAUGUUUACUUCAUGGGAGUCAAUUGGAGAGAAAUAUUUUGUCUUACACCACCUUGCUGCUCUUUAUGCAUACUACUAUGUGCUAAGUCAAGGGAUAUUGCCUUACUUUGCUAACUUCCGCCUGCUCUCAGAAUUCUCUACUCCUUUUGUGAACCAGCGUUGGUUUCUUCAUACGUUAGGUUAUCCCAAACUUUCCAAACCAAGUCUACUUAACGGGAUUGCUAUGGCAUCUAUGUUCUUCUUGGUGAGGAUUGCAGUCAUUCCAGCGUACUACAGCCAUAUGUACUCUGUCUUUGGGACAGAAGACUUUUACCGGUUACCUUUGGGGGCCUGCUGUGCCUGGCUUAUUUCCAGUGUGUCACUGGACAUCAUGAACAUCAUGUGGAUGCGCAGAAUCGUCCGGGGAUGUCUGAAAGUCCUUCGGUAUGCCUGGUUGAGAAACGCAGGAACUGAGAUGGAAAGUAAAAAAACAGACUGACGUGAAGAGACGGAUGGAAAUGCAAAUACAUCAGUGCACAAACUUUCCUUUCUUUAUCAUAUUCAUCAUCAUAUUCAUCCUGUUGCUGCAGAGCAGCUGUCAAAUAUCUGUGAGUUUUAGUCUAACGUUCUGUAAUUUAUUGACAUCCUUAUCUGUAAGUAUACAAGUACUUUACUUUACUUCAAUAGUUUCUUUAGUUUUAUUCUUCAAAUAUGGGCUUUCUACUGGAAUUAUAUCAUAGACACACAUAGUGUGUCAGUUGUAUGAAAUCAGGUGAUUAAGAGGCGUGAGACUGACUAUAUAUGUACUACAAUCAGGACUAUAUUUGUGGUUGCACUAAAUAUUAUGAAGCUGCUAUUAAGAUCAACCAACUUGCCUUUAUGAAUGCAAUCGACAAAGCAACACCACAUCUUCUAUUCCACUAAGAUGCACACUGUGUUUGGAGCCCAUGAUACACAACUUUAAAACAUUGUUAACCAGUACUGACUGUAAUAGUUGAUAAAUACAGUGAUGUGCCUAUCAAAACUAUAAUGGCCCAUAUAACGUUUGUAAAGAUAUGGUUUACAUGUAUGGGUAAACUAUGCUGGGUGUUCUUAGAAGUGUAAAAGGUCAGUGUACUCAAGAAACCAUGUCCAUUUUAAAUAUACUAUGUAUGGAGAAAAUAAUGUAUGUCUUGAAUGGAAAUCAUCAGGUUAUACACAAUGGUAGGCUAUAUGUUUCUUGAAAUCUUAGCAGCCACACAGCAAAAUUGUCAGUGUUAAAAAAGGUCAAAUUAACUCUCACAGUGUAUAUAUAAUCCACACUCUCAAAGUGUUGAUUAUAUAUACAGUGUGAGUGUUAAUUUGACAUUUUUUAACACUGCCGAUUUUGCUGAGCAUGUAUAAACAAUUUGCUUGUAAAAUGUUGUUGGAUGGUUGAAAAUAACGACAAUGUUUAUAAUAGCCUAUAAGCUUCAAUAAGAUUUCAGGUAUUUAUCACUAUUUACAUAAUCUUAUGUACUAUGGAGCAAUUAAUGAUGUCAAUCAAUAC